AUGCGACAGUGCCCAGAGACCCUGAAACGAAAGCGAGACGAUCUUGAAGGUCAGGUUCAAGGUCAACGUGCUCGUAUUCAGCAAGAUGAGCAACACGAGCCACCCUGCAGUCCCGCCAAUCGCGUCGAACACCCUCAAGGCAAUGUCAACAGUGGUUUGCAGGAUGUAGCAGACACCACUGUUCAGGCAGCCAUGGGUGAGGUCGGUCUGCUAUCGCGUAGCGCCAUGGCAGAGCCACGAGAUGAGAUGAGCGGCUUCUCACAGGAGCUUGCCAUGGGCCGCAUGGUACGCGCCACUAUAGCCAUCUCUGGAAAAGACCCCACAAAAUCAAUGGCAAACCCACACAGUGCAAUAAUUCCGACUUGUGAUCAAGCGAAUUCUCUGACCAGGGACAUUGCAUUGCCUUACGUGACUCGUUUCAUUGAGAGCAUGGAACCACAAUUCCUCCAUCUCAGAGAGUCCCGCAUAUGGGAGGAAUUUGAAACAUACUUCCGCGAGGCGAACGAUGAUUUCAGAUCUUUGGCCAAGGGCCGAGUGAUUUCGUUCAAUGUUUACAUGAAUACCGCAAUGGGGAUGCUUCUUUCUCCAGACUCCACCGGCCUACAGGGCUUUGCAAGUAGUUUGCAGGCAAUAGCGAUGAGAAUGUUCGCUGGGAUCCUCGAGUCGGGAAGCAGAUUUGAUAUCUUGCAUUGCAUGCUGUCACUUAUCAUCUACUCCAUGCAAACCUCGCUUGGUGGGUCAACUUGGCACUUGCUAGGACUCGCCAUGCAAAAGGCAAUCACAUUUGGUUUCUAUAAAGACCCAAAUCCUGCGCAUAAUCUACCCAGCGAACAACUCAGAGACAGAAGAGACAUCUUUUGGGGGCUCUAUACAAUGGAUCGGACCAUUAGUAUCGUCAUGGAUCGCCCUUUUAACAUAGAGGAUAAUGAUAUCCACAUCCUGGUACGGGUCUAUUCAAAGUCAAUCCAGAUCGCUUUGACCCCAAGCUGA